AUGACGAACGAACGAGGUACUGACGUUGGCACUGCCCGCGAUUCAAUGGACGAGGCCGACUGGCGAGCGUGCGUGGAGUACGAGGUCAAGCGCGUGGUGGUGGGUGACCUGGAGGUGCAGGUGUUCCAGAUGGAGGAGCUCUCGGUAGCUGCGUCGCUCUUCAUGUUGGCGGAGAUGGACGCAAACGUGACGGAGAUCUCAGGCACGCGGCUUUGGACAGGCUCUCACUUUCUCUCACGGUAUUUGUGGCACCAUCCGGAGCUCGUGCAAGACAAGCGCGUGCUGGAACUCGGCGCUGGCACUGGUAUCUGUAGUAUCGUGUCAUUGAAGCUUGGCGCCAUGCACUGCAUGGCUACUGACGGAGAUGAAGAAGUUGUCGAGCUGUUGGCCAAGAACGUGCACGUGAAUGACGUGGAGAAUGUCGUGGUGGCUCGCCCGCUGCUUUGGGGGGACGAGCCGUCGACGCAGAUGCUUCUGGAAGAGUUUCCGAGUGCUUUCUCCGAUGUCGACGUUGUGCUGGCCGGUGACGUGCUUUAUAAGAGCGAGUUGCUGCCGCUGCUGUUUGCGACGGUCAUGCAAGUGUUGACUGUGGAUGGCAAAGCGCGCGUGUUUGUGUUGUGCCAUAUUCCUCGAGCUGACGUGUCACAUGAACUCGUGCAAAAGCAGAUCAUCGACUCAGGACUCAGGUUCAAGGAGGUUGGGCUGCCUGCAGAAGAUGAGGCAGAUGCCGCCGUGAAGCUGGAAGAAUGUCCUGAGGAGGAUGUAAGACGAGCGAAACUAUAUGUAAUCACCAAGUGA